AUGAAGGUGUUCAUUACAAUUUUGGUUUUGGCUGUGGCCGCCGCUUCAGCGGCCCCCUCGGCGGGUAUUGCCUAUCCCAAGGAUCUGGCCAAAUCCUCGAAAAUCGAGGGACGCAUUACUAAUGGCUAUCCCGCAUACGAGGGUAAGGCGCCCUACACCGUUGGCCUGGGCUUCAGCAGCAACGGCGGUGGCUGGUGGUGCGGUGGUUCUAUCAUUGGCAACACCUGGGUCCUGACUGCCGAGCACUGCUCUGGCAGUGCUGAGUCCGUGACCGUCUACUUCGGUGCCACCUGGCGCACAGACGCCCAGUACACCCACUGGGUUGGCCGCAACGACUUCAUCAACCAUCACGACUCUGACAUCGCCUUGAUCCGCAUUCCCCAUGUGGACUUCUGGCACAUGGUCAACAAGGUGGAGCUGCCCAGCUACAACGAUCGCUACAACGACUACAAUGAAAACUGGGCCGUUGCUUGCGGCUGGGGUGGCACCUACGAUGGCAGCCCACUGCCCGACUGGCUGCAGUGCGCCGACCUGCAGAUUAUUCAUAAUUCCGAGUGUGCAAACUACUAUGGCACGGGCCUGAUCCAGGAUAAGAUUAUCUGUGUGCGCGUUGUCGAUGGCAAGGGUACAUGCAGUGGUGACUCCGGUGGCCCAUUGGUCACACACGACGGCAACAAACUGGUGGGUGUUACCAACUUUGUGCCUGCCGCUGGAUGCCAAUCUGGUGGACCAGCUGGUUUCGCGCGUGUCACCUACCACUUGGACUGGAUUCGUGACCACACUGGCAUUUCUUACUAAACAAUUCUUGAAUAAAAAAUCAUGCAAAGUUGA